UGCGUUGCAAUGCAUUGAUGGAUAAACGGCAUAUGCACACCCUCUCGCGGCAGUGCAUCCAUCCAAUCCGUUCCCGCAUAUAUCUAUUUACACACCCCACCAUCACAGGCAGUAUACACCAUCAGCAUACACAUGGGAAGGCGUACGAACGUGUGGAGGCAUAAGUGACGCAUAGAGAAGCGAAUCAUACCUCCGUGCAGACACGGCACCCAGCCGAUGCAUGCCCUUCCCUCUCUCAUUCCCUACACGCCUAUGUCACCUACUGCCCGUCCACCACAUGCAGCACCUCCAGAUCAUCAGCCAUGAACUCUACCGACACGCCCAGACAAGCAUGGCCAGAGCCCGCAAGCACAUUGGGGCCGGGGUGGUUCUGACGGCAGCUGCGCAUGUCGGCAGUCAGCUCUUCACUGCUAUGGCCCAGCCACAUAUACCCACCGAUCCGCACCUUCGUACCAUACACUUCCUGCCUCCCCGCCACAUACACAUGUUGCUUCUCUCGGUCGAUGUCGAUCUUGGUGGGCUGGGGGAAAAGGCCGGCCAGCGAGAAAUGCCACAGAUCACAGUCGUAGGCGUUCCAGUCGGUGGGGUCGUCGGGCAGCUUCAAACCGCCACUGACGAAGGCGCCGAAGACGUACUCGUCCUUGCGGAUGACAAACACCAAUCGCGUCUUGUCGCCGACACACCGCAGCAUAUCGCCGUAGGUGGUUCCGUCACGCGAUGCCCUGAUGCAGACACAGUCAUACACAGUGUUAUCUGAGUGUGUGUGUCGGCUGCAUGCGUACCGGUAGAGUGACCGCAGCUUCAUGGUGUGGUCGCCCAGCAGUCCGACAAGGCCGUAGUACUCCUGAUGUGUCAGCGAGGUGCCCUCAGGCAGACUCACCUGCCCAGCCACACACAUAUGAGCAUGGCAGCAGAAUGCAUCUUUGCUGUUGGAUCGUCCGUACCAAUCGCAUGCGCAUCGCCAGCAAUGAGAGAACGGCCUGACGGGCUAAGUGGUUUGGCCGAACGUCAGCCUCCUCAGUCUCGUCCCUGACCGAUUGGAAACAUGAGGCCAUUCACACCCAUGUGUGUCCCCUCCAUGUGUCUGAGUGUACCUGCAUUCGGGGCACUUGGCUGCACGACGGCCAUAGGGGUGAUGGCGCACGAGGUUCCUGACACACUGCAACACAGCACAACAGACAGUGCAGCAAAGAGCCGUGCAGCCUCGGUCUGUGUGAGCCACACACCUUGGCACAGAAUGAGUGACCUGAGAGAGAUACCACAGCAGGUGCGGACACAAACCACACAGGCGGUACAUAGUGUGUUAUCACGUCCUCACCGCAUCUGAGCACUUCCGGUGCCUUGUCGCCGUCUGGUUGGUAUUCCUCCUGACACACGCCACACUCAAGCGUACCAGCAGCAGCAGCAGAUGAGGCGCCAUGUCCAUGCGUCAACCUGCACGAUGAAUGAGUGAAUCCAUUCAAAUCAUUGCCACCAUCGAUAUCUCACCUGCAGCUGGUGUGUCCUUCGUGUCUAUGCUAUUGCUCUCAGACAGCUGCUGCAGAACCUCAGAUCUACAGUCAUUCAAUUUGCAGAGCCAAUGCGUGCGCUCGGGAGUGUCUGCUGGCCCCACUGCCGAUCUGACCUGGCUCGAUGCAGCCAUGAAAGAGCCCAAUUACUCCAGAGGCGAGGAUUCGAAGCCAACGGGCCAGAGGGGUUACAGGGUAGGGUUUGAAACCCUCAGCCCUACGAGCUGUCAACGUUUGAGUGCCUUUCCACAGCUGUGCGUUGCGAGUGUGACGCAU